AUGGACUGCCAGCAGUUAGUGAAUAAGAUUACUAGUCGAAUUCAUGAUGUGUAUGCUAAGCACCUUUCCUACGCUGGAAGAUUACAAAUUAUAAUGGCAAGUGUACUGAAGGAGAUAGACAAAAAAUGUAGGGAGUUUCUAUGGGGAGCUUUUGAAGAGAAAAGGAAAAUUGCUUUGGUAGCAUGGGACAAAAUCUGUAUGCCGAAGAAGAAUGGAGGAAUUAACAUUAAAGGGUGCAGUAAAUGGAACAUUGCUUCCGUAGGAAAACUACUUUGGCAAGUGGCAAGCAAAAAAGAUAUCUUGUGGGUGAAAUGGGUUAAUGGCAUCUAUCUAAAGUCUGAGGAGAACAUAUGGGAACAUAUACCACCUGGGGAUUGUAGUUGGUACUGGAAGAAGUUAAAUUCCUUGAAGACUCAAAUGGUUGACUGGUAUCAAGGAGAUAGGUAUAAACUUACCCCAACAGGUGCUUAUUCUGUUUCAAGAAGCUAUGAGACUAUGUUGGGGACUAUGCCAAGGUUUGGGGAAGCUGAUCUGGUGUGGAGUAAAAUUAUGAUACCUAGGCAGAGGAUGAUAGUGUGGUUAGCAUGCCAAAAUAGAUUGCUUACCAAAGAGAGACUAACGAGGUUGAACAUACAGGUAGACGAUCAGACCUGCUGUCUGUGUGAUGCAGCAGUGAUAGAAACGCAGAGCCACUUGUUUGCUGAUUGCCAAUGGAUUUCAGGAAUCAGGAACACACUGAGUACAUGGCUGGGUAUUCCCAUACUAUGCCAGGGAGUACAUGACACAAUUAGAUGGAUUAAAAGAAGACGGUGGAAGCAGUUCCAGAAGGAGAUAGUCACAACAAUUUGGGGAGCAUUGAUAUACUACACAUGGCAAGCAAGAAAUUGGAAAAUAUUCAAGGAAGAAAAUGUAAAUAAAGAGUUUGUUACAGUACAGAUACAAAAGGAGGUCAGGGAAAGAUUAGGCAUGCUGAAUUGUUCAAAGAGAGCCCGUAGGUGUCAAGUUUUGAUUCAGAGAUUAUGUAACUAG